CACCCACACGUGAUGUAUUAAAAUCACAAAUCCUAUUAGAAGUCACUCAGCAGCCUCCCUCGUCCCUUACCCUCCCGAACAAAAGGCAGAACCACGACGCCACGAGCCUCUCAGCCUCUACACGGUGACUCAACUCAUUGGUCCGCUUUAAAAUCAUCUGUAGAAUGAAAAGAAUGAUAGCUUUGGGGUUUGAGGGUUCAGCCAACAAGAUUGGUGUUGGAGUUGUAACCUUAGAUGGCACCAUUCUGUCUAACCCACGCCAUACCUAUAUUACCCCUCCUGGCCAAGGUUUCCUUCCACGAGAAACUGCUCAACAUCAUCUCCAACACGUACUCCCACUAAUCAAAUCUGCUUUGGAAACUGCUCAAAUAACUCAUCAAGAAAUUGAUUGUCUCUGUUAUACCAAGGGUCCUGGCAUGGGAGCGCCACUGCAAGUUGCAGCUAUUGUUGUCAGGGUUCUCUCCCAGCUGUGGAAGAAACCUAUUGUUGCAGUUAACCACUGUGUUGCACAUAUUGAGAUGGGAAGGGUUGUGACAGGCGCAGAUGAUCCUGUUGUGUUAUAUGUAAGUGGUGGGAAUACACAAGUAAUUGCAUACAGUGAAGGACGGUAUAGAAUCUUCGGAGAGACCAUUGAUAUUGCUGUUGGGAAUUGUUUGGAUCGGUUUGCUAGGGUUUUAACUCUCUCUAAUGAUCCUAGCCCAGGAUAUAAUAUUGAGCAGCUUGCCAAGAAAGGAGAACAAUUUAUAGACCUCCCUUAUGUUGUCAAAGGCAUGGAUGUUUCUUUUAGUGGAAUAUUAAGCUAUAUUGAAGCCACUGCCGAGGAGAAGCUCAAAAACAAUGAAUGCACUCCAGCAGACUUGUGCUACUCCUUACAGGAAACGUUGUUUGCAAUGCUUGUGGAAAUUACGGAACGAGCAAUGGCACACUGUGACAAGAAAGAUGUUCUAAUUGUUGGUGGUGUUGGUUGCAACGAACGUUUGCAAGAGAUGAUGAGAAUAAUGUGCGCUGAGCGGGGUGGAAAGCUGUUUGCAACUGAUGAUAGGUAUUGCGUUGACAAUGGAGCUAUGAUUGCUUAUACUGGUCUGCUUGCUUUUGUUCAUGGUGCAUCAACCCCGCUGGAAGAAUCAACAUUUACUCAGCGGUUCCGGACUGAUGAAGUGGAAGCAGUGUGGAGAGUGAAAAAUGAGUCAGCAACGGUGAAUACAUAAAAUCUUUUCAAUCUGAAGCUGAGGUUUUGUGGACUUUUCGAAAGCAAAUUCAGUAUUGAAUUCCCAUUUAGUUAUCGUGGGGAAUGGUUAUAAUUUUAGUGCGAAGGCAGAUUGGCAUGUCUGAGAACUUGUUUGCAGAUUAUAUGUAUUUGUAGUGAUCAUAUGUACCAUAGUAGGAUUUGUCCAAAAGAAAAACAAUGUACCAUAGGAGGGUGAUGGUUAUGAUUGACAUGAGAAGAAGGAAAUUACUGUGCAAAAAAAAAAAAUAUCAAUCUAAGAACCCUAUGCUAUAAAUUAGUUUUCUUAAUUUAUACAAUUCUGUUUUUAUUUUUUUUA